AUGUUUCAGCUGCCGAUCCUCAACUUCAGUCCGCAGCAGGUGGCCGGGGUGUGCGAGACCCUGGAGGAGAGCGGCGACGUGGAGCGCCAGGGGCGCUUCCUGCUCGAGGCGCACUACCAGGAGGCCGAGAAGCUGCGCGGCCGGCCCCUGGGCCCCGUCGACAAGUACCGGGUGCGCAAGAAGUUCCCGCUGCCCCGCACCAUCUGGGACGGCGAGCAGAAGACCCACUGCUUCAAGGAGCGCACCCGGCACCUACUCCGCGAAUGGUACCUGCAGGACCCUUACCCCAACCCCAGCAAAAAGCGCGAGCUGGCCCAGGCCACGGGACUCACCCCCACGCAAGUGGGCAACUGGUUCAAAAACCGGCGCCAAAGGGACCGGGCCGCCGCCGCGAAGAACAGGUCAGUAGCAAAGGCCGGGAGCGGAGGAGGCAGACGACGGGGAAGGGCGGAGGAAGAGAGCGCGGGCGAACCGCCGCUCGGCGCCGCCGCCAGUCCCGCCGCCAGCCUGUCCAGUAAAGCCGCCGCUUCCUCGGCCAUCUCCAUCACCUCCAGCGACAGCGAAUGCGACCUGUGA